AUGUCAUUGAUUGAAGAACAUCAGAAGAACUACACAUUACUGAAAAACAUUUUACUUCUUAACUUCUCUGAAGAUUCGUUCUUUGUCACCAUUUUAUUUUUUGCCAUUUAUAGCACAAUAAUCAUUGGUAACAUCUGCAUUUUCACCAUCAUUAGAGCUGAGAGCCAUCUCCACACCCCCAUGUACUUUUUCUUGAGUAACCUUUCCUUACUAGACAUCCUCUAUUCUUCAGUCACUCAACCGUUGAUUUUAUUUAAUUGUGUAACGGGCAACAGACAAAUUUCCUUCCGAAAAUGUAUCUUUCAGUUGUAUUUGUUUGUGUCACUUGGAGGGGCGGAGUGUAUACUGUUGGCUGUCAUGGCAUAUGACCGUUUUGUUGCCAUAUGCAACCCAUUACACUACUCAUUGGUAAUGAGUAGAAGACUUUGUGCCAUUCUUGCUGCAACAUCAUGGUUAAUUGGAUUCCUCAAUUCUGUUCUUCACACAGUCAUGACUGCCAACCUCAAAUUUUGCCAUUCAGAACAGAGCAUCAACCUUUUUUACUGUGAUGUACCUCCACUCAUACAGGUGGCUUGUAAUCCCACCAAAACCAGAAAAGUGUUGUUGUACGUUAUCAGCAUUUUUCUAGGUUUUACCCCUUUUCUUUACAUCGUUAUCUCCUACAUCCACAUUAUCUGCACCAUCAUGAAAAUCAAAUCUUCUGAAAGACGUUGGAAGGCAUUUUCAACCUGUUCAUCUCAUCUUAUUGUUGUGACCAUAUUCUAUGGGACAGCUAACUUGAACUAUGUAGGACCUACAGGCUACUCCGUGGAGUUUGAACACUUAUCUUCUCUCUUAUACAGCUUUAUGACUCCUCUUGUUAAUCCAAUUAUCUACUGCUUGAGAAACAAAGAAGUGAAAGGGGCCUUGAAGAAACAUUUUAGAUAUUCUUACUUUAAAACUUAA